GUUCUCACGUGCCCUAUAACCACCGCUGUGAUCGUUCGAGAACCGUCCAACGAGCUCACGGUUCUCCGACGAACCCCGGCGAUCUCCAUUCUAGGGUUAGGGUUUUCUCCCUGAUUUCAUCGAUGUCGACGUGCUUUGAUCUCUGGGAGAAGGAUCCCUUCUUCUCCGCCGCGGAGGAGGUCCAGGAGUCCACCGACAGGAUGGAAUCGGUUUAUAGACAAUGGAUCCAUGAAGUGAAGCACGCUUCAGAUCCCAACGUGAGCUCUCCGAGUUGUUCCGCGGAGGUCCGGCGAGAGCUUCGCACGACUCUUGGCACCGCCAAAUGGCAGCUGGAGGAGUUCGAAAAGGCGGUGACAUCGUAUGACGAGGCUUGCUCGGCCGGGAAGGAGACGAGAACUCGACAUAGCCAGUUCAUUGUGGCAAUUGGUAGCCGGAUAUCAAUGGUGGAGAAUGCUUUGAAGGAAGCGAGCUUUGAAGGGAAUUCAACAAUGAGUUGGGUGAGAUUGGAUGAAGGGGAGCGGGAUGAGCUAGCCCUUUUCUUGUCUUGCCCAUCAGUUGAGCAGGAGAAAGCCCAAUCAGCCCCUCAAGUCAGCAAAGUUGUGAUAAAGGACAGUCCUUUGCUGUUGGGGAUGACCGCUGAAGGUAUUCCAGAUCUCUCGAAGAAGGAAGGGAGGGUGCAUGGGCAUCGCAGAACCGCGAGUGCUAGUGCUGAUAUAGAGGCAUGGAAAAUUUCAGUUACUAGGACGGAGGACGAACGCCCUAGUCGGCCUCCUCCGAAGAUACCCAGCUUUUCUUGCUUGAACAAGGUUGCUGAAUCAACGUUGAAGAUGAAGUGGCCUAAAAAUGGUUUCAGGAAAUGGAAGGGUGGGGAUCAACUUCAACCAGAGGAAUCAAUUCCUCUGAGGAAUCACCAGUUGAGUCGGGGCCUUGAUGCGUGCUAUGAGAGAACUAAGAGUUACCUUAGUGAUUGCACUGAGGAUACUUAUGAUAAGCAGCUCUAUGGUUGGGUUGGAUCUCUUCAUAGACAGCUGCAGAGGUCUCAGUAUCAGAUUCAGUAUGGUCGACCAAUGCAAAUGGUUUUUUGGGCUGUACUUGUUGUAUUGCUAAUUGUUUUAUUUGCAUUUCGUGCGAUUUGAUGAGGCGAAAGUAAUUGAGUUCUCAAUUGUUUGUUGGUAAAAGAUCAGGUUAUUGCAAUACCAAUCCUCAAAGAGAAGGACAACAUUAAUAACAACAAUCAGCGCUGGAUUGGAUUAAACUUUCUCAACUGCCAUCAAAUUCAUGCUUCCAUUUGAGUUCUUGAAAAUGCUCCAUCUGUAUAUCAUUUCUCCUUUCUUUUGCUUUUGUGUCCAAAUUAUGUAAAAUUUAGUUUGGUGUACUACUCUUAUUUCAUGUAUCAACUGUGUAUUUGUAGCAUAUUUUCCAUCAUUCACUCUCUUUUCUCUCA